GGCUGAUCUGUGUGUCACCUAUGAUCUUCGAUUGGUCACGCACACUUAUUGCCCAUCCUCAAGAGCCCCCGCCGAACCCGAAGACAAACUAAAAAAACAGACGAGCGAACAUCGAUGUUGCUAGUUGCACUAGUAUGAUCUUCGACAUCAUGAAUCAGUCAUUGCUUCAAGUGCCUCUUCUACUCUCCUCUCACUGGUGGACAAAUGCAAUAGAACGAACAAGAGUUUGACCCCCUUCCGGAGGGGUAGGACUAUCCUACACAUCAUGAUGCCACUUCCUACCGGCUCCCCGUCACCCAGUGGACGUCCGCUGGAUCAUGCCGCCACAUCGAAUGUCGAAGAUCAUGGUCCUCCGGCUUCCGCGGCCGUGCCACAGCAGCCCCUCGUUCCCAUCGACGGCGUAUUCAAGGGUCCCGAAACCCUUCCACCACCAGCUAUCCCAAUACAAGGUGCCACCACUACGUCCGAAUCCAACAGCGGAGGAGCUGCUUCCCAUGCAGGUGCAGCAGCACCAGCGGCAGCUGGAGCUCUCACAGCCCCCGGUAUAAGUUCUACCAGUGCUAUCGUCCCUGCGCCCCUCCCGUACCAACACACCGAUGCUGAGGAGCAAUUACGAGCGCGGUUCGAAGCCAUGGUCGGACCGCUGGUGGUGACCAAUAAUUCCACCAAUCCAAACGCAAGUAAUUCAUCCACAUCAAAUCAGCCCAGCAACCACCCCCAAACUUCCUCCCUUUCCCUCCCUUUCUCCACACUGACCUCCGGGCGAAAAAAGGUUUUCCAGAAAACGAUCCUACAAGCCCACGUUUGCUGCGUGAUCAACGAAGAGCAAAUUGCGCCUGUAAUGGCGAUUUUGCGGCAGGACAACAAGUUCAGGAACGUGAGGAACUGGAUCUACGCGUAUCGGAUCAGGGAGGUUUUGCCGCACCAGGAAGAGAUAUUGAUGAUGCAGCAGAAGAUGAGAACAAAUGGCGUCCAGGGGAAGGAGCAGGACGAAGAUUUCUACAACACCACCAGGACCGGCUACGAGGACGGCGGCGAACAGGGGGCCGGGGGGAAGUUGCUGAGUUUACUUUCCGAUUCUCUGCAGCUGGAAAACUUACUUGUGGUUAUCACGCGGUGGGACACGGGGACGCCGGGGCGACUCGGCGGACGGCUGUAUUCCUACAUAAACGCCCUCUGCAAGGAGUUGUUGUCGGACGUGAAAAAGGCGAUUCAGGAGGUACUAUACAGAAGAUUGACUUCUUUUUUUUUGUCAUGCAGGUUCUGGUUGAUGAGCAUGAAGUAUUUCGGUUUCUCGCAUCACAAAUUUGUCCACAAAAAAAUCUAUCAGGCCCUCCCCGGCACCGCGGAGCAAGUGGAACGCGAGAAGCUGCAGCAAGAUCAGCACCACUACAAAGCGUACGAUCGCAACAACAGCAGCUCUUCCUCGCGAAGUCUCGUGCCGUUGCAGGAAAACGGGGUUAUGUACCACGAUGAUAUUUCGACGGCGGGUGGAACAAGAAGACUAGGUGCAGCUGGAGCAGGAGCAUCGCACAGCAAUAAUAAAACUACAACUCUUAUGGACCACCAAUACCACACCGUGGUUGAUCCGACGGGCUACAACACGGAUGACACUGAAGAUAAUUUUGACGUCAACCAGUCUGUGAUCCCUCCGUUCGCUCCCCAAAGACCCCACAAAUUCGCCGCCUACGUGAGUAUCCGGGCGCAGCAGGAAAAAUACGGAAACUUGAACGCGUUUGCCGCGGGGGUGGUCGGCGGAGCGGUGGGGGGCGGAGGAGGGGGUGCUUCCACGUCUUCUAGUGGUAAUUAUGCGGGAGCUUCUGCAAACACAAGACGAGUCGGUGGAGCAGCUGGCAGUGCUGCGAGUGCGACGGGAGGUGGUGCUCCAGGAACCGCUACUGUUCAAGGAGCUGGUACCCUAGCCGGCGGCACGGGCGGCGCGAACUUUGUGGGCACCAGCCACAACACUGCGGUGUCCCAGCAGCGACAGAGGUAUGAGCACCGGGUGCGGAAAGGGCAGGCGAAGAAUGCGGAGGACGCAAACGCUAUCCACAGUAAAUUUCCCAGACACGUACAAAUGCAGUUUCUGCAUGACAAAACUGGGCUUCUAUCCUACUAGUGUAGCAUGACAAGUUUUACGCUCCAAAGUGGUGUUGAAAUUUGUGAUGCAUCUUGUACAUGUACGGGAAAUUUGUAUUGCAUAAAUGCGUUUUUCGAGCAAUGUGGGGCGAUGAAAUUGAUCAACCCGCUGGAAUGCGAUCCCUUUGUGUUUCAAGUGCAAAACCAGCCGGUGUUGGACCCGCAUGGGGCGUCGAUGGGAAGUAUUUGAUUGAUUUGUUUGAGAUAUGAAUCUCAGUGUGUUCUUAUGUCGGUCUAAACACAGAAAUCCUCUGCUUGUUCUCCUGCAUCAGCAUCUCCUCUUCACAAAAAUCACUCACGACACAGGAUUUCCACCAACCGAUUUGAUUGUCGACACCCUCCAAGACCCUGACAUCAUUGACGAUGACGACUGCCUGGACGAUAACGGUGACUUUUUCAUCACCCAGAACGCAGCCACCGUAGCCCCCACUGUUUCUAGGAUCAACGUCACAAACCGACAGGGUGGAGCGGGGAUGCAGCACCACGUGCACACCAUAUGGCAUUCUGAAACAUGACAUUCUCAACUGUUACAUGGAUUUGUAAUGCAGAGACAGCAACAGUGAAAGUGGCAAGAUUGCAGCUUUUGCAUUACAGAUUUUCCACAGAUUAUCUUGCUGCUUAGCCCUUCGAAAAUUUGUCAUGCUAAGCACCUUGAUCAAGUGGAGGUCGAUGGCAAUUUUGCAUGACGAAUCCGUGUAACAGUUGAGAAUGUAACAAUUGAGGAUCGCAUACACCACCACCCCGACGUCGAAGCUGUCCACGAGCCAGCAGCAAGGUCAUUUUGGAGGAGGGAGUUCGUCGUCUAACAUGAUGCACAUGAGCAGUGCCGGCGGGGUGCAGAUACAGCCAGGGACGCAGCUGGGAGGAACAGGGGGCUCGGAACUAGAGCCUGUUGUACAACGUCGCGGGGGACAGGAGCAGGCGAGAGGUGGCGGAGCUGCAGCCUCUACUGGUGCGGCCGCCACACAAAGUGGAACUUCUACACGAGGUCCAGCAAAUCAAAUUCAGCCGGCGUUCGGAGCUGGCGCGCCCAGGAGACCACCGGCGGACAAGAACCUCCACGCAGCCUCCUCUAAUAUUACCGCUCAGCGACGCAACGGUAGCCGAACGCCGCGGGGGUCUUCUCUGAACGCCCCCACGACACGCGGGGGAAGCGGUGCUCAUCCUGCGGGUAGCAGGACGAAUGAAAAUCUGGUCCAGCAGAAUCUCAUCACGGAGUUCCGAUUUCCCAGUACGCUGGAGCUCUCGCCCCAGGGGGACAAAAACUCCGACAAGGAGUGGCGGAAUUUGCUCAUAAAAAAGCGCGCGGCAGAUUUCAUGAUCCACCGUGCGGAACAAGAACGGCAGAUGCGGGAAAAAGAAAACCACCACAACCACAACCACCUCGGCGGGGAUGCCGUCCUGCGGGACCACGAUCUUAACACGACGAAGACAAAUCCCGCUGCAUCCGCUUUGCAGCAGCAAACCCGGAAGCGCCCGGUCAGCUGCGCCUACCGGCGGGAUGCGGUUCCGCAGCAUAUCACGAACACGAUUCAGUAUCAAAAUGAGAAAUCCCCCCUCGCCAUAUCGAAAAGGACAUUUGUGAUGCAGCAUUUGAGUACACAAAUCGACUUCAUCGACUUGUAUUGCUAGAAGGCCAAGAGACGCAGCUGUGGCCUGAAUUGCAGACAAUUUGUCAUGCUGUUUCUCAAGUCCAGCUGCCUCCUGUCAUGCUGAAGAUGCACGGCCUUCCCACGCCCUCCCAGCACUACAGUCCGCAUCUUUUCCCUUCUAGCAUGACAAAGCUGAUUUGUGGCCACGAAUCUGCAUCACAGAUUUCCGCUUUGAUGUGGGGAGGGGGGGCUUUUCUUCUUGAUAUUCAAGAAUUAACGGUCAGACCGGCGACAACGGCUUCGGCAGGCGUGGGAGGUGGACCUCUGGCGGGCCUCGACGUUGGUACUUCGGGCGGCGGCAGGAGUACGGGUGCUGGAGGUGCACGAUGAGAAGUGAAUGCGCCUAGUAUGCCUGUGGUUACAUCUUGGCCGCGUGCUUUAGCGCGUAUGAUUGAAUAUGGUACGUAGUUGCAGCACUUGCACGAUUAAUCGAGUUGUCACAGCAUGCAAAUAAGAAAAGUGAUAUUUAUCGUUUCAACAGGAAGAAGUUCUUGUAUUUUUGCUUUUUGACGUUUGCGUUUCCCAUGUCAUAUUGCCAGAGUUCUUCAAGAAACAAGAAGUGCCCUUUGAUCUCCUUGUACAAACUUAACUAGAUGACCCAACCCAUGUCAAUGUAAAAUUAUUCAAAGACAAAAAUGAUAGUGCUGACAUUGUCGUUGUCCGCUCGAAUUUGUAUAAAACCUAAACUUCAAAUAACAAGCGUAGUAUUCUCACAAUCAACUUGUCACACCUUGCAAAAUGAUAAAAAUUUUUAGAUUUCACACUUGAGAACGAACUUGGGUCCUUGGUAGCGAACAAGAAAGAUUGAUAAAGACACGAAUGUCAAAUUGAUUCCCAUCGGCAGUGAGGUGCUGGUGCCAGCGUCUCCUCUCUGGCUUCAACUAAAAAAGACGCGAUAUGAGACAUCACAGAAGGGCCAGCUAUACUUGCUGUUGCUUUUCGUUUUCGCUUCUGCGGC